UAUCAGUGCAGUGGAAAUGAUUUGUUGAUUUUGUGUGUUCCGCCUCGUUUUCCGUCUUCUGCCAAUGUUCGAAUGCAUCCCGGGAGGUUGCAUUUUACAUCCAUGUGAGAAAAUCGAUAAAGCAUUCGCACCGACGAGCUGAUACGGAGGCACAUGCAAAGCCCGUAACUAAGUAUGCAACAAAGGACGACCACGCCAGCUGCUGGUCCACCGGCCGCUUCAUCCUCCGGGAAGCAAGUGGUAGAGCUCAAUGGGUACGUGAUCAUUCUCGUCGAAAGCCGCGAUGGCAAAAUCAAACUUUACGGCAGUCCGGCCGACAAGGACAACCUGGAAGUGGCGGACGAGAUAUUGGACGUGAACGAGCGCAAGCUGGAGGAUUCGCCCCGUGCAGAGGUUAUCAAGCACAUACACGAGUGCAUCCAGUCGUGCAUGAUAAAGCUGCGCGUCAAGCGGCGAAGUGAUUCUCGCUUAGCGGGUGAGCUGGGAAAUGCCGUACAGGAUGCGUUUGUCAUCGCGGUCGAGCAGCAGGCCCGGGAGCGUCUCCAGCGGUUGUCCGCGCUCAAGCGGAUUACACCGGUCGACAUGUCACAGCUUUCGAUCAAACUCAAUCAGCAAAGUCAAGCGAAGGGGGGUGCGACACAAGAUUUAAGCUUCCUGAAGGAAGCAUCCCCAAUCUAUGUGACGUCGCUCUCGAGUAACAGUGUUACGGGUACCAACACCAGCACGACGGUGACGGCAGGUGUAAAAACUACUUUUACCGCUGGGUCCAACAACAACAUCAACAACAAUACCAUCAACAACAACAGCAGCAGUACGGCCGGUGUGCAGACGCAGCAGAACGCAACCAACAACAAUGGCGGCGGCACGAAUCUGGCCAGCACUACCGCCACUACCGGCAGCACCACUAGACCCGGAAUGCAGGUGAACGUCAGCACGGACGGCAGUGCCAGCGGGUACGCGAACGUACGACAAUCGUUCGGCCCAACGGGGACAUCCUCCGGGGCGUUCAAGGGACCACCGUCUUCGACCGCUUCCGACGGCCAGCAGCCGGGCCUGGGCACUAACAACAAUAACACCCUAGCACUUGGUGCGGCCGGCGUGUCCGGAUCCGCGUCCGCUUACCAUCUGCACCCCAGUCUUGUAAAUAACAACAACCUCACCAGCAAUAUUGGCAAGCCGCAGGGGCUUGACUCAACCGCCAACAGUUACUAUAGUAAUCUAACUAACACCUUCCUAGCGAACGGUCAUGGUUCCAAGCGAGAGCUGGCUACACUGUCCGAAGGAGAGCUCGAGCCGCAGGACGAACCACAGUACGAGUCGAGCGGAAACAUAUCGCGCGGUGGUACCGAAGUUCUGCUGGGAGAUCAAAAUCUUCGCCAGGAAAAUCGGCCUCGCAGACGCAGUGGCUCCAGCAUCGUGGUGCUGGGCGGUGAUGACACCCUGAAGCCCUCCAUACCUAUUGAUGACUAUCAGGAGGACUUGGAGAUGUACAAUAUGUUGGCGGCAAACCAGGACAAUGGACCACACCGGGAAAUGGCUGUCGAUGUACCUGAAUCGUUCAUAGCCAGAAACAAAACGCCUCCGCGCUAUCCACCGCCACGCAGUACGACGGCGGUGACCGGUCCCGCAACACCCGCCACACCCGCGUCCGCCCAGGUAAAUCACGUUUCCAACGCAAUGCCUCAGGUUGCGAAGCACCACCAGCAUCAUCAUCAACAACAGCAACAUCACAACCACCAUCAUCUUCAUCAUCAUCCUCCACCACCGGCCUCGGUGCACCAUCAUCACCCGGCGAACGGUGGCGUCGGUGGGGUAUCCCUCGAGCUGGAACCGCUCGAUUCGUACAGUGAUCGGCACCUUUCCUCGCUGGACAGUAGCCAGGAGUACGUAAAGAAGGGGGGAGUCGGCGGUGGCGGUUCCAGCAAGGGUCCCUCGUCGCUCGGUUCGGUAACGAGCGAGUUCGAAACGUCCCUGCACGGGUACGGUGGUUCGCUGCUCGGGAAGCAGCACCACAACUCCACCAUCAACACCGCCGGCGGUGUUGAUCUGCGUGGUUCGCUCAGCACCGACCGCAGCACGUCGCCAUCGUCGUCGGGUGAUCUCGGACCGCCCGAGUACGAUGAUGUUGGGCCGCACCGGGAGCUGCCCGUCGACGUGCCGGAUAGCUUUGUCGAGAUCGUUAAGGGGCCACCGCGCUAUCCGCCGCCCAAGCCCCUGAUCAUUAAAGACGCUAUCCGAAAGAAAGAAUCAUGCUCAUCCAGCGAAUCCAUUGAUAAGCCCAAACCGCAAUCACAGUCGCCGGCGCGAAACGAGCUUAAUGGGUCGACGACGAAACCGGUGCCACCGCCACGGGAUCAUCUGCGGAUAGAGAAGGACGGCCGGCUCACCAAUCGCGCACCAGUACCAGCUCCCCAAGUGCCAGAUCGUAAGAUUGUGCCGAACGCAUCACAGCACCAGCAUAUCGGCCAGGUCCUCGAACCGACACCGGAUCAGUUAGAUAGCAUUAAGAAGUUCCAGGAGCAACUUCGACGGCGAAGAGAGGACGAGGAACGAAUAGCAGCACAGAAUGACUUCCUGCGCAACAGUCUGCGUGGUUCGCAGCGGCUUCGUGCUCUGCAGGACAAUCCGAUCGAAAAACCACCGGUCGGUGUCGACAAUGAGGCGUACGCUGAUGACGAAGUUGUGGAGAAGAUUAUCGGGUACAGUGAGCUGGUUGCGGCAUUGCAGCGACUGCAGGGACACCUCAACAAGCACGGUCUGGCGGCACUCGCUGGCAGAGUGACGGCAGCACAAAGUCUACUGCUUGGUCCCGGGAUCGCCCGUGCACUAGCCGUCCGGACGGCAGUCCUCGAACGGCGGCGUCCGAAAGUACCCAACCCGAUCUGCCCCAAUGCUCAAGCGUUAGCUAAGGACUGCGUCGAAUCGCUGGCUCAGUCCGGCUCGCCAACCGCAAUAGAACUGUGUGAUCUACUGUCCACGUACGAGAUGGAGGGUUUGCUGCUGGCACACGAUCGGAUCGCUUCGACCACGGAUCGGUCGCCGAUCGCUUCGUACGGCGGUAGCCCAGUUACCGUCGCCAUGCCAUCGCUCAGCAACAACAGCAUCAACAAUAACACCUUGACCAGUGCGGUGAAACCGGCCACUGUCAUGCCAUCAAUUCCAAAUAACGCUAGUUUAGUGAACAAUAACAAUAACAAUAUCGCUAAGAGGGAACCAAUGAGUGUGCCUCUCGGUGUGCUGCGUGACGGAAGCCAGGAUCACAUCAAAAUCAUCCAAAUCGAGAAGUCAUCCGAACCGCUCGGUGCCACCAUUCGUAACGAGGGCGAAGCGGUCGUGAUUGGACGUGUGGUGCGUGGUGGUGCUGCCGAAAAAUCUGGCCUCCUUCACGAAGGGGACGAAAUUCUCGAAGUGAACGGUAUCGAGAUGCGUGGCAAGUCGGUGAACGAUGUGUGCGCCCUGCUCGGUUCGAUGACCGGUACGCUUACGUUCCUGGUAGUGCCGGCCGGUGUACCACAGAUACUGCCCGGGCUUGGGAUGCGUGAUCCACCGGUACUACACGUACGGGCCCACUUCGACUACGACCCGGAGGAUGAUCUGUACAUACCGUGCCGGGAGUUGGGCAUUAGCUUCCAGAAGGGUGACGUGCUGCACGUGAUUUCUCGCGACGAUCCCAACUGGUGGCAGGCGUACCGGGAGGGCGAGGAAGAUCAAACGCUUGCCGGACUGAUACCGAGCCAAUCGUUCCAGCAUCAGCGCGAAUCGAUGAAGCUUGCCAUCGCUGGGGAGGUAGGUUUGCGGACGCGCAAAGACAUCAACGGUAAGGCGGGCGGUGGUUCGACGCUACUAUGCGCACGGAAGGGUCGGAAGAAGAAGAAGAAGGCCAGCAGUGAGCAUGGCUAUCCACUGUACGCGACCGCCACGGCGGACGAUCCCGAUCCGGAGGAAAUCCUUACGUACGAGGAGGUUGCACUGUACUAUCCGAGGGCGUCCCACAAGCGACCGAUCGUACUGAUCGGGCCACCGAACAUUGGGCGGCACGAGCUGCGGCAACGAUUGAUGGCGGAUUCGGAACGAUUUGCUGCCGCCAUUCCUCACACGUCACGAGCUCAGCGAGAAGGUGAAGUACCCGGCCAGGAUUACCAUUUCAUCUCACGCCAACAGUUCGAAUCGGACAUUCUGGCACGCAAGUUUGUUGAGCACGGUGAAUAUGAGAAGGCUUACUACGGAACAUCGCUGGAAGCUAUCCGUGCUGUCGUUGCUAGUGGCAAGAUAUGUGUGCUAAAUCUGCAUCCCCAGAGUCUGAAGCUGCUUCGCUCGUCCGAUUUGAAGCCGUACACCGUACUAGUGGCACCGCCAAGUUUGGAAAAACUGCGCCAAAAGCGGAUACGAACUGGAGAGCCUUACAAGGAAGAGGAACUGAAAGAGAUCAUUGCCACCGCCCGUGAUAUGGAGGCUCGCUGGGGUCAUCUGUUCGAUAUGAUCAUCAUCAAUAACGAUACCGAGCGGGCAUACCAUCAGCUGCUGGCGGAGAUUAAUUCCCUCGAGCGAGAACCACAGUGGGUUCCGAGCAGUUGGCUGCACAACUAGUAAGCUAGCUGAC